GUUUUGAUGAUACUUUUUUUCUUCCAUCCUUCCCAUACAUUUUCUGACCAUCAUUAUUUUCCUUCCUAACUUUCCCGUUUGGACAGAACUACUUAUAAAUUCUCAUCAAAAUUUUACUACGUCGCUCCUUUGAUGAACUCUCCCAGCUCUAUCUUCAAAACUUCUUUUUCCCUCUCUUCCCCCUUAAAACCUCUGUUAUCUUUUUCUAUCUUCCGAUCUCCAUUUAUCCAUCCGCGAUUUCUCUUCUUCAAAUCUAGUAUAUCGUCAAUGGCGACGGCUCCUCCGCCGAGAUCAACUACACCAUCGAUCGGAGUCGUUGCUAAUGAUCUCGGCGUUUCUCGAAAGUGUUGGAACAAAUCUAAAAGUGAAGCUAUAUUCUCUCUCUUUACUCCUUUUGUACUUUCUUUAGCUGCUGGUAAUCUUCGUCUUGAUACUUUCCGGUGUUACAUCUCUCAAGAUGUUCAUUUCCUCAAAGCGUUUGCUCACGCGUAUGAAUUGGCGGAAGAGUGUGCUGACGAUGACGAAGAUAAAAUAACCAUUGCAGAGUUUAGGAAGAAUGUUUUUGAAGAGUUGAAAAUGCAUAAUUCUUUUGUACAGGAAUGGGGUAUUGAUGCUGAAAAAGAAAGCCCUCCUAACUCUGCAACGCAAAAGUACACAGAUUUUCUCAUAGCUACAGCUACAGGAAAAGUGGAAGGUGUAAAUUGUCUGGGUAAGCUUGCAACUCCUUUUGAGAAGACUAAGAUUGCUGCUUAUGCGUUGGGUGCAAUGACCCCUUGUAUGAGACUAUAUGCGUUUCUUGGUAAGGAGCUUCAGGCUUUGGUAGACUCGGAUGCUACUAGUCACCCUUACAAGAAGUGGAUCAGCAAUUACUCAUCUAACGAGUUUCAGGCAUGUACUCUACAAAUGGAAGCCCUGGUUGAUAAAUUGAGUGCGUCUCUAACUGGUGAAGAACUUGAGGUAAUCGAGAAGCUUUAUAAACAGGCCAUGAAACUUGAGACUGAAUUCUUUCUUGGUCAACCAUUAACACAGAAGACAGUCGCACCCUUGUUGAAGCAUCUUAACCCGAAGGAAUCGCGUCUUGUGUUGUUCUCGGAUUUUGACUUGACUUGCACAAUUGUUGAUUCGUCUGCAAUCUUAGCUGAGAUUGCGAUUGUUACUGCUCAAUGGUUGGAUCAAGAUCAUUCUGAAAAUCAAAAUACUUGUAUAUCAUCUGUUGAUUUGAGAAGUACUUGGGGUGAUCUUUCAAAACAAUAUACAGAGGAGUAUGAACAGUGCAUUGAGGAUGUUUUGGCAACUGAUGCAGGAAGGGAUUUUAGUUAUGAAGAUUUGCUAAAGGCACUCGAGUUACUUGUUGAUUUUGAGAAAAAGGCUAAUGCCAGGGUGAUUGACUCUGGGGUUUUGAAGGGUAUAAAUAUAGAAGACAUCAAAAAGGCUGGUGAGUGCAUAAUCCUUCAAGAUGGAUGUACUAGUUUCUUUCAGAACGUCAUGCAGAAAGAAAAUGUGAAUGUUCACGUACUUUCAUAUUCUUGGUGUGGUGAUCUGAUUAGAUCAAAGUUUGCAGCAGGUGGUUUGGAUGCAUUAAAUGUACAUGCAAAUGAGUUAAACUAUGAUGAUUCUAUUUCCACCGGGGAAAUCAUCAAGAAGGUUGAAUCUCCCAUCGACAAAGCUCAAGCAUUUGAUGAGAUCUUGGCAAAUUGUGGUAACGAUAAGAAUAACCUUAGUGUAUAUAUUGGGGAUUCUAUUGGGGACUUGCUUUGCUUACUUAAGGCGAAUAUUGGAAUCGUUGUGGGAUCAAGUUCAAGCUUGAGAAGGCUUGGGAGUCACUUUGGUGUUUCAUUUGUUCCUUUGUUUGAAGGUCUGGUAAAGAAACAAAGGGAAUGUGGUGAAGGUUUUUCUUUUUGUUGGAAAGCAAAAUCCGGUGUUCUUUACACUGCAUCCAAUUGGUCUGAAAUACACGCUUUUAUUUUGGGUUCUUAGGAAAUAGUUAUUGCUUUCUUCUUCGCUUGGCCAACAUUAAUAUUCUGCAUUUCUUCUAACCCUAAAUCAAAUAAUGGAAACUCAAUGUUAGAAACUCUUUUCCUAACAUGCUUGAGUUUGUCAACUACAUUAUCAAUUUCCUUCCAAACAUUCGGUAAUAGAGCCAUUGUAAAAUAGUUGGCGAUAGAGUCUUUUUGCUUUUUCUGCCUAUUUGAGGCUGUGGCUUGAGUAGCCAUUGAUUUCAGUCUCUUGAAGUUGUUCAUAUGAUAUUGAGUAACAAUAUCCAUAUUCCUUUUCA